GGCGCCUGGCGGCGGAGCGGCGGCGGGGCGCAGGAAGUGAGGGGCUGCCGCGCUCCGCUCGCUCUGUGAUGCGAGAGCGCUCCCGCCCCCGGGGCCGGCGAGAAGCGAGCGAGAGGAGCCGGAGCGCGGGUGGAGUGGCGUCGCCGCCGAGAGAGCGGUGCGGGGUGUCAGCGGCGGGCAGCGGCCGCAGGCCGGCGAUGGAGGAAGGGGCAGCAGACCUGCGACAGAGGAGGAAGCAAAACUGCACAGAAUCUGACAAAACAGCUCCAGAGGAGCGAAACAAAGAAAACUCAAAGCCGGGAAGAUCGCCAAAGUAUGUGUUAAUUCAGCGCUUCGCAAAACUUCUCUUUGGCUGUCUUGCUGCAGUCACAAGUGGGAUGAUGUAUGCUGUGUACCUCUCAACAUACCAUGAACGGAAAUUCUGGUUUUCCAGCAGGCAGGAACUUGAACGAGAAAUUACAUUUCAGGGUGACAGUGCCAUUUAUUAUUCAUUUUAUAAGGAACUGCUAAAGGCUCCUUCCUUUGAAAGAGGUGUUUAUGAAUUGACACACAACAACAAGACAAUAUCACUGAAGACAAUCAAUGCAGUCCAGCAAAUGACUUUGUACCCAGAACUGAUUGCCAGUGUUUUGUACCAAGCCUCUGGUAGCGAAGAAGUUAUUGAGCCAGUGUAUUUCUACAUUGGUAUAGUUUUUGGACUGCAGGGAAUUUAUGUGACUGCAUUGUUUGUGACCAGUUGGGUUAUGAGUGGGACUUGGCUGGCAGGAAUGCUGACUGUAGCAUGGUUCAUUAUUAACAGGACAGAUACAACAAGAAUUGACUACUCCAUACCAUCAAGGGAAAACUGGGCUUUGCCUUAUUUUGCAUGUCAAGUAGCAGCUCUCACGGGCUAUUUAAAAAGAACCUUAAAUUGUUCUGCUGAGAAGUUUUGUUACCUGCUGGUGAGUGCUUCAACAUACACCUUCAUGAUGAUGUGGGAGUACAGUCAUUAUCUCCUCUUCAUCCAGGCUGUUUCUCUUUUUCUGCUAGACAGCUUUGCCCUGGCACAGACAGAGAAGGUGCAUGAAGUAUACAAAAUCUAUUUGUUUUCUCUCUUCUUGGGCUACCUUUUGCAGUUUGAAAACUCAGCCUUACUUGUGUCGCCGUUACUGAGUCUUGUUGCAGCUUUAAUGCUCUCUAAAUGCCUUCAGAUGAAUAUGAAAAAGGGAACAUGCAUGUCAAGGCUGCUGAAAAUAAUGUACAUUCAUUUGGUGCUUACAGUAACAGUGAUGCUAAACUUCGUACUCAAGAUGUUUGUCCCUCAUAAAGAAAAUGAGCAUUUGCUGAAGUUCAUUGAAGUAAAACUUGGCUUAAACACAACUAAGAAUUUUACAAUGAAUUGGCUCCUUUGUCAAGAAUCUCUUCAGGCACCCUCCCAAGACUUUUUUUUGCGACUAACACAGUCAUCAUUGUUGCCUUUCUAUAUUUUAGUAUUAAUUAUCUGCCUUUUUUCUGUAACUCAGGUCGUUUUCAGGAGAAUUUGUGGUGAACCACUGAAAGAGACAGUUAAACUUGAGGAUGGUCGAAUUGGAGAGAGGCCAGAAAUAGUUUAUCAUGUAAUUCACACAAUUUUGCUUGGUUGUCUAGCCAUGUGUUUGGAAGGAAUGAAAUACCUCUGGACACCUCAUGUGUGCAUGCUUGCUGCAUUUGGUGUGUGCUCCCCCGAGCUUUGGAUGACGCUUUUCAAGUGGCUUCGACUGAAAGCUGUGCACCCCAUACUGCUGGCUCUUAUUCUGAGUAUGGCAGUUCCCACAAUAAUUGGAUUCAGCUUGUGGAAAGAGUUUUUCCCUAGGAUAAUGACAGAGCUUUCAGAAUUACAAGAAUUCUAUGAUCCUGAUACAGUAGAACUUAUGACAUGGAUAAAGCGACAGGCUCCCGUGACUGCUGUGUUUGCAGGCAGCCCACAGUUAAUGGGUGUGAUUAAGCUGUGUACUGGAUGGAUGGUGUCCAGCUUACCUCUGUAUAAUGAUGAUGAUCUUCUAAAAAGAAAUGAAAAUAUCUAUCAGAUCUAUUCAAAGAGGUCAGCAGAGGACAUUUAUAAGAUACUUACAUCUUACAAAGCAAAUUUUCUGGUUAUUGAAGACUCAAUCUGCAAUGAAGUGGGACCUGUAAGAGGAUGCAGAGUUAAAGAUCUGCUGGAUAUUGCUAAUGGUCAUGUGGUUUGUGAAGAAGGUGACAGUUAUGCCUACUCGAAACACGGACGAUUUUGCCAUGAAAUCAAGAUGAACUAUUCUCCAUAUGUGAAUUACUUCACUCGGGUAUACUGGAACAGAUCCUACUUUGUGUAUAAAAUCAACACUGUGAUAUCCUUCCAGUCCUGAAGAAAGCCUGCAGGCUGCUUUCUGAGGAUUGAUUGUGAGUGAAGCUCAGUUGGAAAAGUUCUUUUUGACCAAGGAAGUUCUUGUUGCACACAGCAGCGUACUGACAACUUCAGUUCUACCCAACUGGAAUUCUUUGAACUGCAAAUCAACAGGCACUGAUAACCAUCCUUGAAGGAAACAGGACAACUUGUCACUUUUAUAAGUCUCCACAAAGUGUGACAGUCUUCCAUAGGUUUGCAUUUUUUCUUCCCAUCAUGAAUCAUCAUCAAAUUUCAUGUCAGUGAGGUUUCUAACUCUUUUUUAGUCUUAGAGAGCUGAUGUGAAUAGACUUCAGUAGAAAACUUAUUUAAAGAACUCAUUUAAGACAUAGUAGCUUUUAUUUUCUAUCAGGAAAGCAAUCAGUAUCCCCUGUCCUUUCAAGUUAAGCGUUUGGGCUUUUUUUUUUGGUGGGGGAGGAGGUUGUUGUUGUUUAAAUUCUUCCUGCCUUCCACUCUACACAGUUCUAUGUUUAUCCAACACACAUCCAUACAGUUGACAUGUAGCUGUGAGUGUUUCUCUGAAAAAGGAAGGGUUUAUUUAAACAGCACUUCCACAGAUCAAGGCACUGAUCUCUACGUUGCUAGAGACACGUUGGUGGAAGUAUUUGGACUCAGUCCUAGCAGUAGAAGUUAUCAAGGUCUUAUCUUUAGUUUGGAAAGAACUUGUCUUCAGGAUGUUUCUAUGCGUGUGUGUGUGUGUCUUAGCAGCCAGCAGAACAGGCCAGUAUCCAGCAGUAUGCCACACUUGCAGUAGCAGGACAUCUAGGUUUGCUACUGAGACCUGUGCACUUCAGUUUCACCCUUCUCUCUGUGUGUGAGGUGCUCAUUUCAUUCAACUGGCUGUAUGAUAGUUACAUUUAGAUAGUGCCAUAGCUGUAAUUAAACCACUCUCAUCAGCACCAUCCAUAAGUAACUGUUGUUCAUAGCUAUUUUUAUAUUGAUUGUGCAGCUACACUGAGAUCUUUAAAAAUGUGGAAAAGUGCUUUGCAGUCUUGCUGCCCUCUGAGAUUUGUCUUCCCUGUAUCACCCCCUUUGCAUAUGCAACUGUCCUUAAAUUGUCUGUUCAUCUGUUUGGUGCUGGCUGAUAUGAAUGAUGCUUUAAUUCAUGGAAUCAUAGAGUGGCUUAGGUUAGAAGGGACCUUAGAGAUCAUCUACUCCAACCUCCCCACCAUGGGCAGGGAAAGUCCAGUAAAACAUAAAGGUAAUACCCAGGUGUAGCUGGACAGAAAGCCAGGAUGUGUUUUGGAAGAGGUUGUUCACCCAUUAGGAGUUACCUGCAGUUACACUUGGCCCAGAACCCAGCCUGUCAGGCACAUGGAAGUGAUCCUUUGGAGCCCAGGUGUCUUCAGUGAAGGAUCUGACAAAACAGGCUGAACCUUCAGCUGGCAAAGAUGCAGAAGGAAAGCUCCAAAGCAAUCCUUAGCACAGACUCAGAGAUUUGAGCUCUGAAACUGUUAGGAACUGCAGCAUGUCAGUGUGUAUGCAGAUUCCUACCUGCUCUAUGCAGAUGCAUUUGCUUACUUUACACUAACAGGUAGUGCUGAGCUUUUAGGAAACCUAUUAUCACUACUGAAGUGAUAUAAAAAGAAGAAGAGCUUUAUUCUUGUACAAGUCAAGGUGUCUGUAACUUCUUUUUUUUUAACUUUCAGUUUUAUUUUGACUCUGGACAAGCUGUAAAAUGAUGCAUUUUAUUUGAAGGCAGCAUUCAGGUAACUGGAUGUGGUGGUUGUGAGAAGUGAUACAUGUAAACAUGUGUCUGCAGUGUAACUGAGUUACAAGUGAAAAGGAAAUCUCCUUUCCGGGGAUGCAGCCCUUAUGUUGAGGGUAGUGUGUGUGUGUGUGUGUGUGUCUCCAAAUGCAGCCUGCAUUUAUUUCCUUGUGCACAAGUGCACUGGACUGUUCAGACUCUUACCAUGCAGCAACAGAAACUACAGUAGUAACUUGAGCUAUUGCAAGCCUGCAGAAACCUACUCUGUCCAUGCUGGGAUGGGUGUAGAUGCAAUAUGUGGAAGUCAGGUCAGAGUUCCUUAUACAGUUGAAGUUUGCUUAAAUCUCUGUCAAGGAGUUCCGUGUCUGUGUGUCAGUUGUUUGCCUGCCUGAAGUUAGUCAUUCAUGAGUCUCAUUUCAUACCAGCAAUAAGGCAUUCCAGGUAGCAAACUUCAGGGUUACAACUGCACUUGGGUGGGUGAAGUUGCACAGCUUUUGGCUUCGUGCCUUACACUGCCAGGCCAAGAUGCAACAUUUAACCAUGCCUGACUGCCUGUUGUGUUUCACCAGGAUGCUGUGUGGGGGUUACCAGGCAGAGUGUCGUAUGAAUGCUUGCAUGUAGAGCACACAUGUUGGGAGCAACACAGAGGAGGCCAUCUGUACAUCUGAAGAACACUGUCCUGUAGCACAUCGUUGGCCUCCUAGGCAUGUUUGAAACAAACAUGUUGGGUUUUCCGUGAACUGUGACAUAGUAGUUGGUGUUAGUCUUGUCAUAGUUUUUAAGAUGUAUUCUUGAUACUUCAAUUGAUUCUGCUUUAGGAGAAUCAGUUAAAAUUUUUACCUUGCUUUUUAUAUUAGAGGGAAAAAAAAAUUGUAUUGCAGCACCAUUUGGCACAGCAGCCUUAAGUAACAGAAGGAGCUUUUCCUGGGGGAGAAACGUCACCCUUGUUGCAGUAAAAAGGCAGCAGGUUUGAAAUGAGACUGGAAGAACCACGUCUUGCAACCAAAGUGAUGGAUGUCUUACCCAGCUAUGGAUAUAGUGUCUCUUCUAAUCUCCACCUGCUGUGAAAAAGAAACAGUAAGCUUCAUGAAUAUCCUCCAGAAGGACAACAACAGGGCAUAACUACGUUGGACUUGUACACGCAACCCCAGCUUGCUUUUCAGCCACGCCACAGGUCUGAUUCCAUGAAGGGCUGGGGAAAUGGUUUGCAAGUUUGGAUCUGUUUUGCUGUAGAUGUUGCAAUUCAGUUGAAACAUGUGCCUUGCAAGCUUUUAUUAAACAGAACAAAACAA